GAAAUUUUCACAUGUAACCUUCCCCUCCCUUCUCUGCUUUCCCUCCGCGGGCAGAGGGCUGGAGCAAGGAGCCAGCCCGGAGCCACGCACGCACCCAGCCCCAACCAGCCUCUUGCCGAGCACGUUCUCUUCCAGCCCAGCUGGUUUUGCUUCCAGCCUGCUCCGUCUGUGCACAUUAAAGCUUUUUCUAGGUCUGAACUGCUUUUGGCAAGCCAGGCUCCUGUUGGUCCCCACCACCCUCCCCAUGGCUGCUCCCCCCGAUCCGCUCCCCGUCUGGCUCUCGCUCCCCCUCCCCGGUCGAAGCCCUGCCAGGGACGUGGCAAAUCAGCGCGAAGCCUGCGGGGCAAAUCGGUACAAAUGAGACCAAGCAAGAGGGUGGGGAGGGACGGCGGGGGCGAUGACUCCUGGGCUGGAGCUUCUGUUGCCGAGUUUGAUGUUUCCUGCAAACAACCCUGUAAAUGCUCAGGAGUGGCUCCGGACAUCACUUGCCCCCCGCCUCGGCGGGGUUUGGGGACGCUGGGUCCCAGACGGGGGGGACAGCCCUAGCCCCGCUCCCACAGCCUCCCCGCCGCCUCCCGGCCCUGAGCGGGGACCCAGCCGGGACGGGGGCCGAGCUGGCACACUGUGCUUCCCAGAAAGGCGUGGGAAGAUUCACCUGCCGUGCCCCUCCAUUCCCACCAGGAGCCAUCUCCAGGCAGCCUCCACCAUGUCCAAGGACGACGGGGCCUGCAAGCUGACCUCAGUCUACAAGCACAAGGAGAGGAAGCCGAAGAAGCCUCACUACAUCCCGAGGCCAUGGGGCAAACCCUACAAUUACAAAUGCUUCCAGUGUCCCUUCACCUGCAUGGAGAAGUCCCACCUCUACAACCACAUGAAGUACAGCCUGUGCAAGAACUCACUUUCCCUCCUCAUCGAGUCUGACUGGCCCUACAAAAAGGGCAACCUGCUCCACCCGGAGCUGCGGCUGCUGCACACGGAGAGCUCCCGCCUGCGUGGGCGGCGGGACGAGCAGGACACCUGCGACCCCGCGGCCACCCCAGGAGGCUCCGUCCGGGCCAAGCAGGUCCCCAGCAGAGAUGGCCAUGAGGAGAAGCCGAUGACAGGGGUGGAGAUCCUGCCUGCUGAAGGGGCUGGUGAGGAAGGUGGCCAGUUCCAGGAGGAGGAGGAGGAUGUUUCUGGCCUGCUGAGGGAGAUGGAUGCGGGGGAGAAGAAAGAGAGAAACGAAGAGCCAGGUUGCCAAGGUGACCCAGCUGAACCAGAAGUGAACACUUUGGUCUUCGGCUUCAAGAACAAGAGGGAUAACAAGCCUUGCAAGGAGGUGGAGCCCGACUUCAUCAUCACAGAUGUCUUCUCCCUCAAGAACCAUGUCAUGAAGAACAGGGAAAUGGCCUCCCCUGACCUGGAUGCAAAGCCAAAGCAUUGCAAACUGCCAAAGAAAUGCCUGGCCAGUGGUGGGAUCUUGAUGGAGCAAUGGAAACUGGUGGCAAAUGGGCAAAGGAGGAACACACCUGAGGUGUCCCCACCUUGUACCGACAGCAACAUUAUCCCGUGCUACCCCCCUCCAGCCUACAGUGACUACCAUGAACCUCAGAGCCUGAAUCUCUCACUGCUGGGUAUUAACUACCCUUUGAACCCCAGUCUCUUCUCCUACCUGAGCCCCACCAUGGCCAACAGCACAACAACACACCCUCACUUGGCUCAGCUGCCCUUCCUGGCCUCCACAGCACAGCUGAUGCACCCCCAUGCCUCUCACUUCCAGCCUCUGCAGAGCCCUGAGCGCUCAGCCUUCCUCCCCCGCUUCUACUACCCCCUGCUCUUCGAGCACACCUUCAGCUCCACGGAGAGCAAGAUGUCCUCCAGCAAGCCAGACCCUCAGCAGCUGGUGGGCUCAGUCAUGCCCACGCCACCCCAAAACAAACCUUCCAGUGAGCCAAACAAACCCGGGCUGCUGAAAGUUCCCGUGCUGAAGACAAGUUUUCCUUGGUCCAAAGGUGUCCGGGAGGAGCCAGGCUCUGAGCUCAGCCACUCUGCUGUGGUGGGGCAGGAAGAGGAAGAGAAAUGGCUGUCCCAGGAGAAGGAGAGCAACCCAGCUUUGGGCCUCAGCAACCUACGCAAGAAGUCAGCCACUGACAUCUACCAAACCAUGGUGGGGAUGAAGGAUGGAGCUUUCACUCACAGCAGUGUCAGGAAGACAGAGUUGCCAGUGGUGACCUGUCUGGAGACCAGUAGCCCUCCAAGAAACCCGCUGAAGAGGAAAUUCCCUGCCGAUGGGCUGGAUUUGAUAGGACCCGAAAGGAUGAUGCCUGGGAAGCUCAGCUACCAGAGCAGUGGUCCAAGGGCCAACCCUGGCCACAUCCCCAAGGCCCUGGACCACUGGCACUCGGAUGUCCUCACAGGCCAGCCUGAGGAACCAGAGAGUGGCAAUGACACUGAAUUCCUUCCCUCUGUGGGUGCUGCCCUGGACCAUGGCCUCUACAAGCAGAGCCAACCCCAAGAGUCUUCUGCCAUCACAGGCCCUGAGGCCACAACCGUGCUUAUUGGGGACCUGUCCAAAACCUUGGAGGAGUACCAAGAGGUGGAGAAGAAACUGUCUGAUCUGGCAAAGGAGGACACCCCUGGGCAAAAAGAGCUGAGGGACCAGCUGGUCAAAAUCCGAAGAGAGCUCUACCACAUCCACCAGGCACUGGAGAAAGCCACUAAACCCCACGAGGGACCGCUGGACCUGUCGGUGAAGAGAUCCUCUGAAGGUCUGGAGAAGGUUCAGCAGGCCAAGAAGGAGCCCUGCAACAUGAGCCUGGGAAGCGAGAAGCUUCAUGGAAAAGACCAAGGGCCCCUCAGCAAAUGUCCAGCUACCGGGGAGGCUGGAGAUGGGGACGGGCUGCCCAACUGCCUCCUCGAGUCCGAGAACAAAACCAUUGACCUGCUGAUCAAGAUGAGCCGCUCCGAGAGCCUGCGGGCAGCCUCCUCCGAGGCCCCUCUGGGUGCCGUGAUCAAGGCGGAGGUGCUGCCCCUCACCGUGCCCCUCGAACUGCGCCACGUCAUGGAGCCCUACUACAGCCGGACCACCAAGUGCGAGGCAGACUCCAGCGUCCUGCUCUGCUCCGACGGCAGAUCCAGCAGCACGCAGGGCCCACAGCUUCCGGCCAGCGCCGAGGACGGGCCCCUGGGCUGCCGGGCCAUGCAGCGCUCCCUGUCCUGCAGCCUCCCCAGCGACACCGAUGCCGUGUGUGUCCACAGUCCUCUGCAUGCUGACCCCUAAUUUCACCUUGCUCAAGAGCUCCUGGAUCUCACUGACCACCUCAUGCCUCACCUUCCCAGUGUCCCACCUCUCCACUCCUCUUCACCAUGGAUGAAAGUUCCACCCUUGCCUGGCUGGGACCACGUUGUGUGGGGUUCCAGCAGCUCCCCCGGCUGAAUCCACCAGGUGUAAAAAUCCAGUCCCUGUGCUCCCCAGUGUGUCACGGACAGUGCUGCUGGGCUCUGCAUGCUCCCAGCCUCAGCACCCCAGUCCUGGAACUCCCUUAGAAAGGGGCAAGCACUAAGAGAAAACUGCUAAAAACACCAAGAGAAAACUGCCAAAAGCACCAAGCUUUCAUCAAAAGGCUCACCCAGCCCUCUCACCAGGGACACUCAGGGACAUUUGCCACCCAGUUCCCACAGUCUGUAGACAGGGGAGGGACUACAGAGGGCCAAGCCUUGGUCCAGGUUGUGCUCAAACAGACCAUGGCCGUCACCUUGUACAGAGCAAAGACACAGUGGCUUUGUCUCACAGAGGCUGGACGAUCACAGCCAGGAACCAGAUGGCCAGCUGGAUUGCCCCAGAGGCCAAGAGUUUUCUGCACUGUGGAGACAAGAACAUCCUGCCAGUCACAAUGACAAGUGCAACACAGGAGCCACCAGCUCCAUACCUGGCUCCUGAGCUCUCCUGCCCAGGCCAUUUGCCAAAUGCAGGUCUGUGGGGACUUGUUCCUGUCCACUGACCAUCCAGGGUCCUGGUCCUCCUUUUGCCUUCACACAGAAAGGACCUUCCCUCCCUCUCUGCACAUGCAGACGUGAUGCAUGUUCCUCACCAAGGCCCCAGUCCUGCAGAGUUCAGCUCCCAGGAGCUCCUGCCCACUAGUCCUCCUGCCCACUAGUCCUAAUCCCUCAAACACUGGCACAUGGAACAGCGAAAUGGGUGAGAAGGAUGCUGCUGUGAACCACAGAGCUCAAGGGACACAAACCCCCAAAACAACUGUGAAAGGACAAACUUGGCCUGUUCCAAGCUGGAACAAUGCUGAGCAAUGACCCCUGAGCCAGAGCACUGGAGAUCAAACCAUCCAGGCAGGUGCCUGCUGCUUGUGGGAUCAGCACUGGCCUUCCCGAAACAUUCUCCCUGUAUUCAGUGGGGGCUCCUGACUCUGUUGGGCAGACUGGGACCCACUGCAGGGCAGUCACACAUCCCUGUCCCCACCACCCUUGUAAGAAACAUCUGAUCUGGCUCAGGAUGCCCUCAUGCUUGGGCCAGAAACUCUUGGAGUCCCUCCCUGUAGUGCUCUCCUGGAAAAGCAUUUCCUCUCCCAUCCAUACUGUGUGUUCAGAACAUGGUGGGGUGUUCUGUUAGCACCCAGGCCCUUCACCAGCUUGGUGGCUUGUUCCUUGAAAUGGGAAGUGCUGGGAUGGGGGCCAGGAAGGCAGGACAAAGAAGACAGUGGCAAAGCCACAAAUAAGGGAUGUACACAGCACAUCCCAGGAGCUUUACACACUCUGGGCCCAAAGGGUGUGAGCUACUGUAGUGGCUGAAGAAGGAAAGGCCCCAUGUGGCACCUGGGAUUCCCGGGUGCUUUGAUGGACCCAGACAAUAUGAAGAGUUGGCCCUUCUCACCUGAUUGCUCUCUGGACAAAGCUUCCACGUCAUCAAAGGUGUUUAUUUCUCACUGCAAGAAUUUGCUUAGGGUACAGGGUCCUUGUGGGGUUAUUGGUCUCUUCUCUCUGGAGGAAAGUGUGGGGUGGGGGAAAGGGCGACAUUCAGAGAGAUGCUCUGCUCUGCAGUGUAGCCCUUUUGAGCCAGCUCCAGAUCUUCCUGAUGGGCCAUGCCCUGCUGCUUCCCAGCAUGGCCUUGGUCCCACAAGAGAAGUUGAGAAGACCCCACCAGAACAGACCCCAGAAUCUGGGUGGAAGUUCCUCAAUCCCAGAGCCCAGGGAGGUGGCAUUGCCAGCCUUUCUGGGUGUGAAUUGUGCUGUCAUCUCUGGAUGCCAGAACACCAUCACCACAGCAGACCCUCCACGUCAAGCACCUUGCUCACAUUACCCUCCCCCAACAGCCUCCCAGUCUCUCUCCAGCCUCUUCUGUCAUCCUGUGUCCCCUGUCACCCCAUGCCCUGCUGUCACCUCCUCUCCCCAGCCCCCUUACUACCCUGGCAGCCCAUACCCCCUCUGCCAGCACCUCCCUGUUCCAUAUCUCAGGGUUCCCUACUCUCUCCCCUCACCAUCUCUUCUUCCAUGUCUAGACCUUCACCCCAGUCACAGCAGGAAAACCACAGGCAUAGCCAGGAAGCUGGAAGCCCAUUUUCCCAUGGUAUCCUUCCCGGCCUUUACCUCCUCUGAGGAACAACAAGUCAUGUAGGUCUCUCUGCCUACCUGGGAGCCACAUCUCCUCCCAAUUCCAAGCAUCAUCCCAUAUUUUUUAGCAGAUCCCCAUCUGAACAUGGGCACCUUGGAGAUCCAGGACACCAGAGGGGUAACUGAGCUCUGGGACCAUCAGCCCUGAGCUUCAGCAGGAGAUCCACGUCCAGAUCACCAGGCCAUGCUGCCUUUCACCCCUUUUUAGCUGAGAUGUUGCUUGCACACUGUCACCUUUCUGUCCCCAGAUCCUGACUCCAUCCUGCUGCCAGAGCUGGGAUGUUGCCUUGCUCUGUGGUGCCUAUGAUGUGAGCUGGGCACCUCCCAUGAGUAGAGCAGCCCUCCUGUGUCACUCCCUGUGUCCUUCACCUCUGCAGAAAGCUGGGGGGGCAAGUGGAAGCUGGGGGCCGAUCACACAGUAUUUAUUGUUCACAGUUUUACGAAUGUACAAAACAAAAACCAAACCAUUAAAGGGAAAA